AUGGACAUUAAGGACGCGACGACACUGAGUUAUGACGAGUUUUGCACUCAUUAUAUGGCAUUUAGUCGUCCUGUACUACUCCGUAACGUAACGGAUAAGUGGUUUCCAAACACUACGCCCUGGCGCGACGGACAGAAAAUAAAUUACCAGUAUUUAAAAAAACAUUAUGGAACUGCUGUCGUACCCGUGGCAAGUGGAAAUAUAACGGAAUAUGGAGCAGAAGACCGAUGGACAAUGAGAUUUGACGAGUAUCUGGAUUCCAUUGAGAAUGAAAUAGCCGGCAAAACUUAUUUGAAAGACUGGCACUUUGUGCACGCUUUUGGCCACGAGAUUUACGAAACACCACUGUUUUUCAAGAAUGACUGGCUCAAUUGGUGGUGGGAUCAGAAAGAGAAAAGUGAGAGUGAUUAUCGAUUUGUGUAUCUUGGCCCUGCUGGUAGCUGGACGCCACUUCAUCAAGAUGUAUUCCGUUCGUACAGCUGGUCGGUGAAUAUCUGUGGUCGCAAGCAGUGGGUUCUCUUUCACCCCGAUGAUGAACCAAAGUUGAAAGAUCGUUUUGGCCGCUUUGUUGUUCCCGAUGUAACAGCUACGGUGAUUGACAAAGAGAAGUAUCCUCACUUUCAUGAAGCAAACCCAGUUUAUGUCGUCCAAGAAACGGGUGACGCGAUUUUUGUCCCCAGUGGGUGGUAUCAUCAAGUGAUGAAUAUGGAGGAUACAAUCUCCAUUAACCAUAACUGGUUCAAUGGAUAUAAUAUUUGCGAAGUGUGGAGAUUCCUUAAACGUGAGUACGCCGCGGUCGCACAUGAACUCGAAGAACUAAAAGAAAUGGGUCUUAGUGAACGCGAAUUUGUCGACCAAUGCCAGCAAGUCAUGCUUGCCAAUACCGGAAUCAACUACAUCGAGUUUCGGGAGCUUUUGUAUGCCAAGGCCAACGAAAUACUGUCACAGCGUGAAGACUUCAAAGCUAAUAAAGGCAACGGAUUGACGACUGUAGGAAGCGAUCUGCUUAUUCACUUGGAGCAAGUGCGUAUCAUUCUCCGGCAGCUAAACGCAUCGUUGAGCACUGUAGACGAUACGAAAGACGCGAAUGUGCAUGAAGCCUGGUUUGAUGUGGAUUUGCAAUUGAAUGCCAUAUCUGACACGUGUGGCGAGCUAGUAUAUCAACCAUAG